AUGGGCGACAAGGACCUUCUUUUGUCGGAAUCACUUGAUUCGAUUGAAUCGGCCAGUAAUAAAAAGAAUGUUGGAAUUAAGAGACAGAUACCCAAAAUUCCAUGGUAUAUGGACGGUGGCUUCGUCAUUUUCUGGGCCUCACUCUUCCUAACGGUCGUUGUGCCCCUCUUCUACCGCCUUCCUGAGGCCAAUACCCUCGAGGAUGUGGGCAAGGGAGUCUUUAUUGCUGAACGCGCCCAGGAAAAUCUCUACGAUUUUGCAAAGAUCGGCACCAAGGUGGUCGGAAGCGAUGGAAACGAGAAUAAAACCGUCCAGUUUAUUCUAAAAGAACUAGCUCUAAUUAAGGAGAAUGUUCUAGAAGACUAUUUCGAAAUGGAGAUCGACCACCAACUUGCUUACGGAUCGUAUGUGAGGGGCGGAGCACAAUACCAGUAUCAGGCUGUACAGAAUAUAGUGGUUAAAAUAACGCCCAAGGGCAGUACGAGCCAAAAUUACCUGCUGGUGAAUUCCCACUUUGACUCAAAGCCCACAAGUCCAUCUGUCGGCGAUGCGGGUCACAUGAUUGUGACCAUGAUGGAGGUGAUCAGAAUUAUCACAACCUCGACGGAGAAGUUAACGCACUCAAUUAUCUUUCUCUUCAACGGUUCCGAGGAAAACUCCCUGCAGGCAUCUGACGGUUUCCUCACUUCACACAAAUGGGCACCAUACUGCAAGGUCGUAAUUAAUUUGGAUGCAGCUGGUAGUGGUUGUAGGGAGCUGUUAUUCCAGACCGGACCCAACAAUACGUGGCUUGUCAAGUACUACAAAGAGAGUGCGAAACAUCCAUUUGCUACAACCAUGGCUGAGGAAAUUUUCCAAACUGGUAUUGUGCCCUCGGAUACUGACUUUGCUAUAUUCACCGACUAUGGUGACAUCGUGGGUUAUGAUAUUGGACUGGUUUGCAACGGUUUCGUCUAUCACACAAAGUACGAUCAAUAUGAUAUUAUACCACGGGCUUCUAUUCAAAACACGGGAGACAACCUUUUGGCUCUGGCUAAAGCCCUUGCCAAUGCCCCAGAAUUGGCUGAUACCACUGAGACCGGAAAAGCCGUGUUUUUCGAUGUCCUAGGAUUGUUCUUAGUUAGCUACUCGGCGGAGAAUGGAAAAACCCUCAACUAUGCCGUUGCUGGAGUCGCCAUUAUCCUGGUUUAUGUAUCUCUAUUGCGCAUAGCGGAUGUCUCCAACGUUACCCCCGCACAGGUCCAGGGUUGGUUCGUCCUUAUCCUUGUCCUUCAAGUGAUUGCCUUUGUGCUGGGACUAGCACUUCCCAUAGUGGUCGCUUAUGUGUUCGAUAAGUACGGACUUUCACUCACCUACUUCAGCACUCCGGCUCUUUCUAUAGGCCUGUACGUUUGCCCAAGUCUUGUGGGACUGGCUCUUCCCAGUUUCAUUUACCUUAGGCUGCAGAAGAAUGAGAAACUUACCUAUGCCCAUCAACUGCAAAUGGCUCUCCAUGGACAUGCUAUUGUUCUGUCGAUCCUUGGGAUUGCCAUCAAUUAUUACGGCCUGCGUAGUACCUAUAUCAUUACAUGGACCCUGGUGUUCUAUGUCAUCCCUAUGGCUCUCAAUUUGCUGAGCACUCUCCAAGAUCGCGGAUACUCAUGGACUGGAAUCUUGAAACUGACCCAGGUCGUCCCGUUCCUUUACCAUAGCUAUCUUUUCUACACAUUCAUCGUUAUUCUCACACCCAUGAUGGGUCGUUUCGGACAGACCACUAAUCCCGACUUGAUCAUUUCUGCCUUGGCCGCCUUGGGAACUAUUCUUUCCAUGGGCUUUUUGAUUUUGCUUAUAAAUGUCUCACGUCGAUCGGGUUAUAUUCUGUUGGCUUUGUUGGCCGCAAGUGCUGCCACUAUUUACAUUGCCAGCUCCACGGAUAUUGGUUUUCCUUAUCGUGCAAAGACUAAUGUCGAAAGGGUAUACUAUUUGCAUGUGCGCCGAACCUUUUACGAAUACGAUGGAACCAUUAGCAAAGAUGAGUCCGGAUAUCUGUUCAACUUCCAGGAUCGUCGUGGUAGUGCUCCCCUACUGGAAGCCAAUGUGGAUCUAACUGGCAUGGUGAGCAUGGCAUCCGACUGUGCCAAGUACAUGAUGUGCGGAGUGCCAUAUCCCGAUUCCCGCUAUGUGAAGAAUCGUCUGAACGGAACUUGGUUGCCACGAGAAAUACCCAUUGAACCUGCGACCGAUGAACCCUUGGUGCUUCUUAACAAAACUAUUUUGGAAGAUGGCAAGACCGUUCGGUUCGAAUUUGAGAUACGGUUCACAGACCAUUCGACUCUGUACAUCGAGCCUUAUGUGGAUGCAACCAUCACCAAGUGGUCGCUACUUGAAAGCUACUUGUCCACUACCCCACCCUAUUAUAUGUUCUUCACUUACGGCGUAGAUGGUUCUCCUCUUACCGUAACUAUUGAGAUUCAGAAAUCCAACGGAGACUUCAACGUACCAGUCUGUGAAAUCGGAGUUGGCAGGCAGUUUAUGCAUUCUUCAGGCGAUAUAACUGCUCAGGAAUUUGCGAAGACAUUCCCCGACUCCGCGGUCCUGAUUGAAUGGCCAGCGGACUACCACCGAUACAUAUUUUAG